CCUUCCCCCCUUCCUUUCCCCUUUCUUCGCCAUCCCAUCCUUCCCUCCAUCCUUUCUCCUACCUCCCUUCCCCGGCCUAGACGAUGCCGUGGUGGAGACAGCGGAGGAGGCCACGGAGCCCGCCAAGGCGGACAUCACGGGGCUAUGCCAGGACAUGUUCUCCAAAAUGGCCACGUACCUGACGGGCGAGCUCACAGCUACCAGUGAAGACUAUAAACUUCUGGAAAAUAUGAACAAACUGACUAGCUUGAAGUAUCUAGAAAUGAAAGAUAUUGCAGUAAACAUAAGUAGAAACCUAAAGGACUUAAACCAGAAAUAUGCAGCACUUCAGCCUUAUCUGGAUCAGAUCACUCUAACUGAGGAGCAAGUAGCAGCUCUUGAGCAGGCAGCUUACAAAUUGGAUGCAUAUUCAAAGAAACUAGAAGCAAAGUACAAGAAGUUAGAGAGGCGAUGA